AAGAAAAUGGUGCGAGCACCGAUUGUUGAUAAGGAUGGAGUCAAGAGAGGUGCUUGGAGUUCUGAAGAAGAUGAUAAGCUCAUGGGUUAUGUUCAGAAACAUGGCCCUCGGAAAUGGCGGCAGGUUCCCAGUCUUGCAGGAUUGGCAAGAUGUGGCAAGAGUUGUAGACUGCGUUGGUUGAACUAUCUCCGCCCCGGUCUCAAGAAAGGAAACUACACAGAUGAAGAGAACGACUUAAUCUGCAAAUUGCAUGAAAUGCAUGGCAAUAGAUGGUCGAUGAUUGCAACGAAACUACCCGGAAGAACAGACAAUGAGAUAAAAAAUUAUUGGAACGCUCACCUAAAGAAACAAGUAGAGCGUAAAUCAGAAUCAUCAACUCAACCAAAACCGAAGAAAUUAAGGCCCAACAUAGCGUUUGAUUUGGAAGCAAAAACAGAAGAGUUUACGGGCUAUUGCUCCACCAAAUUUGGGAUUGUAGAGAGCUCUUCAUUGUCGGUACAAACGUCUUCGAGUUCCAGCGAUGCCAAUUUUGGGAGGCUGAAUUGGGCGGUGGAAGAAUAUGAUCAGAGCGGCUAUGGAGAUCUGUGGAAUGAACCAUUUAUUUGGGAUGGUGACGAUGUGCGCUAUGUCCUUGACGGCUCCAUGCAGUUCUCACCAGACAAUGGAAUGUUUUCACCUCAAGUGCAUGAGACAACCUACGAUGAUUACAUAGAUUUGUUCUGCUCUUUGCUGUAA